CAGCUAUGGGUACCGCUAUACCCACUGCAUGGACAGUUCUAGCAGCAGUAGUUCUUCAGGUGUUACGGUGUUUGGUACAGAAAAUACGUCACAUUGACAAACGUUACCAUGAAAAGUGCUACAAAACUUCGAGUAAUGUGCCUCAUCUUUGGGCUUGGUGUGGUACAAGCAAAACCUUUGGAGGAUUCUGAAGUAAAAAGGGCAACUCGUCCACCAAUAGGUGAAACAAUCCAACAGCUCACGAAUCAACUUAUCGAUCAAAAUGGCACAUUGCCGAAUACGACUAUCACUCUCGAUACAAGGACACCGCCCCGGGUAAAACAACAAAUGAAAAAUCACCAUAAACUACAACAUAUAAUCGAGAAUUCUCAUCCGGGAAUGGCCAUUCCUGCUGAUGAGAGCGAGUACGAUUUCCAUUUGGAAGAAGCUACGAAGAAAGCAACUAUUUACAAAUUGGAAAUUAAACCAACAACGGAAAAAGGAUUAUCCACGUGGGUAUUAUUGAAUAGUCAAACAGUAUCCCCAUCAACUGCACGUCCGACCAUAAAACCCAUUAUUAAACUGACAACUAAAAUAAACGAAAAGAAUGUAACAUCAUCUGCAUCCACAACCGAGAGUUCGUAUAAACCAAUCAAGCCAUUUUUCAAAAAACGGCCAGCAACAACAACUACCACUAAAAAACCGUCAACGACAACGAAAAUGAUGAUGCCCAUCACAAAGUUGAAAUUUUCGGUUUUACAGAGCGUUAAAAAUAAAACCCAGAAUCCCAUAUCCAGUACUGCGACAACAUCUAGCAAAACAACAUUGACCUCCACUACAACUUCUAUGACUGCAGCUCCCACAUCCUUAUUAUCAUCUUCAUCACCGUUAAAGUCAUCGACGACCACUUUCGUAACAAAAGCUGCAAAUGCCACCAAAUCUUCAGAGAUUACGUCCACUACAGCGCUUCCAGCGGAAGCAAAGCAAGGUGAAGUUGAGUUAUCGACCACCGCAACUGAUGCACAAAAAAAGAAUCGAAAAAGUCCUCCAAAAAAGAAGAAGAACAAGAACCGACGUCGUCGUCCAUCGAGUGGAGAUAAAAGCGCAAAUGGAACAGAAAUUGCCGAUAAAAUUGGUCACAAUAACGGCAAACCCAUCGGCACGCAAAUCUAUAACUAUCUUUCCCGAGAGAUAAUGCCAACAGUUGGCGUGGGUUUAGUAGGAUUAAUGGUAACCGCAGGUUUGGCAAGUUACUUCCUUUAUCCCUUCGGAACACUGAGGCGUUCUUACGAAAUUGAAAGAAAAGAUGUAAAGGGAGGUUAUUACUACGACAAUGAUUAUUCUAUUGGAGGAGUAGCAGAAGAAGAUAUGAUAAGUAAAGUGGUUGCUGGUAUGCCAGAAAACCAAGGACUGGAUAUGUUAAUGGAAAAAGACAAUUUUUAUAAGAAAACUGACAAAAAUGAGAAAACGAACGUGAGAACUUCUAACGACAGGCACAAAAGUUACAGAGACACCAUUGACGCUUACGUUCCGCAAAAUAAUUACGGUAAUUUCGAUGAUGAUGCUAAAAUACAAUCUAAACCUUCUGAUAUCCCCAAUUCUAUAUAUAACAGUAACAAACAAUUCGUUGUGGGAGCGAUAACUAAAAAAAUUUUAGAAGUGACGCCCGCUGCAGUUCCAGAGCAUGGUCCCCGUAGUUUGAAUAGGAGAAAACGCAGUAAAAACGAUAUUGAAAACGAAAUACACAAUUAUCAGGCUAACGAAAUCACAUCAGACGCUGAAAAUACUGAAAAAGUAGAUGACUUCUCCACAACUCUUCUCACAACAACUGAAGAUGCUUCUAAAGCAACAACUGAAAAGUCGUCAUCCAGUUCCGAAAGUUCUUCACUUCCACCAUGUUCUUCAACGAAACAGACAGAAAUUUAUAAACCCACAGAUACAUCGUCAAUCAUGCAAGUCCUCAGAGAUUUGAUAGAGUUGAAAAUAAAACUUGGUUUGGAAAUGAUGAGAAAUACGACAAUGACAAUUUCCAGGUACUUCCAUGAAGUUCAAAAGAAAUUCGAAAGUAGACGAAAAAGACAUUAAAAUUGAUUGUAACUGUUAAUUACUAACAUUAAUUAUUUAUUUAUCUAUUUAUUAUAGAAAUGUCUACCUACUCAUUAAAAUACAAACAGUCUAAUUGUUGGAAUAUUUUGUUGAGUAUGUACAAUGCACUACCUUGUACGAUGUUAGAUAGAUAAUGAAACCACGAGGCAAUAUGUCAUUUAUUGUGAAA